CGCUGUCAGAGAGACAAAGAGAGAGAGAAAGAGAAACGAGAGAGAGAAAGGAGACAAGAGAAAGAGAGAGAAUAUUUCAGAGCGGGGAUCCUUCACAGUAGUAUCUCAAAUCUACCGUCGUCGUACAUCGCCGAUGACUUGACUUCGCCGGAUUCAGUCGUUUCCUUCUCUUCAUUUCUACACAUCUAUUCAAUUCCUUUUGAAGAUUCAUCAUCAUUAGAUUGUUUUUGAUUUCAGAAUUUUACGAUGGCAGCUCCAAGGGCACGUGCAGAUUACGACUAUCUUGUAAAGCUCCUUCUCAUUGGCGAUAGCGGUGUGGGGAAGAGUUGCCUACUUCUUCGUUUCUCAGAUGGUUCCUUCACAACGAGUUUCAUCACCACAAUUGGUAUUGAUUUUAAGAUAAGAAAUAUCGAGCUUGAUGGAAAGCGUAUUAAGUUGCAAAUAUGGGAUACGGCUGGCCAGGAACGAUUUAGGACCAUCACAACAGCUUACUAUCGUGGAGCCAUGGGUAUCUUGCUGGUGUAUGAUGUGACUGACGAAUCAUCUUUCAACAACAUUAGGAACUGGAUUCGUAACAUUGAACAGCAUGCUUCUGACAAUGUCAACAAGAUCCUGGUUGGGAACAAAGCUGACAUGGAUGAAAGUAAAAGGGCUGUUCCAACCUCCAAGGGACAAGCAUUAGCUGACGAGUAUGGUAUCAAGUUCUUUGAGACAAGUGCAAAGACAAACAUGAACGUGGAAGAGGUUUUCUUUUCGAUAGCAAGAGACAUAAAGCAAAGGCUGGCAGACACUGAUACUUCUAAAGCGGCAGAGCCUGGAAUUCGUAUCAACCAAGUAGACCCAGCAGCAGCUGGUGGUGCACAAGCAGCCCAAACAUCGUCUUGCUGUGGCUCUUAAUGAUUACAUGUCCUCAACGAGGAAGAAAAAAAGUGUGUUAAUGCUAAUUACUAUUCGCAUUUAAAUUGGUAACAUGUUUAUUGCUUUCGAUCAAUCUAAGAUAAUUCAUGAUUUGUUUGGUUUAUGUGCAGCAACAGUAUUUGGUACGAUUUCGUAUGAUCAUCUGUAUGUAAUUUACAUGUCAUAUAACUCUUGUUAACUUUUUCCCUUCAUUUUCCACAUUAAAUCAGCUUUGUUCUGGACUUUGUGA